AUUAUUAUGCUUACUUAGAUCCAUCCAUGAGAGCGACCUAGCACAGAAAAUAAUAUGGAAUUCUCAGGUGGUAAAAGAGAUGUCGUAGAUCCUGAAGUUAGGGCUUAUGUGAAUAGUUUGGUCACAGCUGUAAGUUAUUUCAAUUCUAUCAUCUGAAAAAGUCCAAGAAUUAUAACUAACUAAACCAUUGACAGUUGGGAGGGAGCGGAGCAGAUGAAGAUGGACGAUACGUACUAGGAGAUGAUGCAUUAGCAUGUUUACGAGAUCUUAAGAAAUGGUUGAAGCUCUAUGAUGAAAAAGCAAAUCGAUUAGAUGUCGCAAGAUGUCUCGCAGAAUCCAAUUUAGUAGGAGGAGAUCUUCUACAAAUCCUCGCAGCAUGGCCUGAGAAUGCCACAGACGAUCGGUUGAAAUCGAAGCUUGCUUUAGCAUGCCUGGAACUCUUGGUACCAUUAACUUGGCCGUUAGAGAAGAAUAAAGAAAUGACGGUUAAUCACCAUCGACAUAUACCAUAUUUAGAGAUUGCGCAAGUAGGAUAUAAGAGGUCGAUUCUUGGGUUUGAUGGAGCGAGAAUAUUACACACUGCGGUUAGAUGCGCGCUACCGGCAAUGGCGGAGGAUAUUGGGGACCGAAGUACAAGAGAUCAGGGUAUUAUUAAAUUGCUUCUAUACUUUCUACGGAACAUUGCCAUGAUUGCAGCUCCACCAAAUGGUCAGUAUGAAGGUGAUGAGGCAGAAAUAUCGAGGUCUGCAACAAUCGAUGCUUUCGACUAUCAAGAUAUAUUCCAUUUUCUUUUAACGGUAUCUUCGACCAUGGGAGAGGAUUUCAAUACCCAAGAUGUUGUGGUUAUGGACGUUAUCUUCCAUUUGAUUAAGGGAGUGGAUGUCGAGAAAUUAUUCUUCAGCGAAAAGGCAAUGGAUAAUAGCAAGACGGAUGAACUAAUCAGACUACGGAAGAAGGAACAAGCAAUGCUCCGAAGUUACCAAACAAAUGCUCCCACGAGGCAUAAUCGAUUCGGAACGAUGGCUUGGAUGCAAAGAGAUGAUGCAAAAAUGACAACAAUUUCUGGCCAGGCUGCUUUACGAACCGGUAGAGGGGGACUGGACAAGAUGGAUAGCACUAAAAAGUUUAAGCCGCCUAGAAGAGCAGUCAAAGGGGAAAGUGGACCGCUGGCCUUUGAUAAUCCGGUUCCUCUCAAUGCAUCAGCAACUAAAAAUUUACGAGCAUUUGUCGAAGAGUUUCUCGAUUCCGGUUUUAAUCCACUCUUUACACAUAUCAGAAAAGCAAUCGAUAGAGAAGCUGAAAGAGUUCUUGAUUAUCAUCAACGACAAUUUUUCUAUCUCAUAUCGUGGUUUCUUGAGGCCGAAAGAGUAAGGAGGAAGAACAAAAAACCUUCUAAAGCUAAAGUGCCAGAAGAGGCGGAUAGUUUUGCCCUCGUUGCUAGUGUUCUCAAUCAAGAGAUGUUCAUUACGCUCAACAGGGCGAUGGAUUUCAAUUUUGAGAACAAGAAUUGGUAUGAUUUAAGUGCUGGUAUGAAAUGUUUCACGCAAAUCCUCCUCACCGUCCAAGAAAUGGCAGACUCGCGUCUUGAAGAUGAUCAGGAGAUUGCAGAAAAUAUUCUUGCUCGCAUAUUUUAUGAAGACACAACUCACGAUCGUGUGGCUAUGAUUACCCGGACAUAUAAAGACCAAGGAUUUGGUUACCUAGAUUCUUGUACGGAACUUACGCAUAAUUACAUGCGUAUCCUGGAACAAUACUCUAAGCAGAAUGUGGACAUGCAAGUAAGAUCUCGAAGACGCACGAGGACAAAGAAGAAGGCUGCGAGAGAUGCAGGCGAGGACCAAGGUGAUGACAAUAUAGUUGACGAGUCUGAGGGUGAUGAUGAGGCACGAGCACAAAAAGAAUCUUCCGAGCGAAGGUUCGAUUACAAACGCUUUGCAGCUAAAUUUCUGUCACAAGGAUGUAUUGAUACCUUAGUAUCAUUCACGAAGUUCUAUCUUGAUCUCAGACCGGCGCAAUUAAAACGAGCUCAUCGAUUUUUCUAUCGCGUGGCUUUCAAACAGGAUAUGAGUGUUAUGUUGUUCAGAGUGGAUAUCAUCCAUUUGUUCUAUACGAUGAUCAAAGGUCCAGGGGGACUAGAUCCUCAGUCUCCAUGUUACAAAGAAUGGGACGAAAUGGUAAAGCAACUUUUAAAGAAAUGCACCAGAAAAAUUCAAGAGCGACCGGAACUUGUAGUGGAAAUGCUGUUUUCUAAAACCAAUAGCACUGCGCAUUUCAUCGAGUAUGGCUAUGUAAGACAGACAAUAGCAACCAAGCCCAAAGCGGCUGCGGAACUAGAAGUCAAGGGCGGAUUGGAAUGGGAACAUCAGAUCGGUGUUGCUGUUGGAGCCUUGCUUGAUAGGAAUGAGGCCGAUCAUAUUGAAUGGGUCAAGUCACAAUUAUCCUUUGCGGAGAGUGAAAGAAGGAGUUGGGAGGCCGCGAAUCAGGCUUUGCAAUCCGUGGAGAAAGACCCAUUUGCGGAGGAUGAAGAGACCCCUGCCGCGGAGGGAGGACCUCCAAAGGCUCCUACCAUACGUACGUAUAACUGAUUGUCUAUCCUUGUUUGUGUCUCUCUGACAUCAAUGUAGUUCUUAACCCAGAUAACGAUGAUCGCAAAACAGCCAUGUUUAAAAAUGGUUAUUUGCGCCUGUUAAUGAAGCUUGCCGGACUCACACAUUCUGGAGCUGCUGAUGAUCCCGAUACUUCUUGGAUUGUCCCGUCGGAAAAGUCUGCAGAUCAAAUCAAAGAAGCCCUAGAUUUAAUUAAAAAAUUUGAAUUCGCCCCACCAACGUUUGACGAUGAUAAAGGAGCACUUGAUCAAGUCAGGAGAGUAUCUGCUGGCAUGAAUAGGAAACGCGCGGUAUUUGAUGACGAAUCAGAUGACGGCAUUGACGACGACGAAGAGGAACUACUAUUUGAACCUGGUGGGCCAACAGCAAUGAAGAAAUCCGAUGCCCUAAGGGCUCUAAAGAAAAAUCGAAGAAGACGCAGAAAUGAAGGAAGCGAAGAACCCGAAAGUCGUGGGCUAACGAAUGAACAAAUAGAAGCACGUGCAGCAGCUAGGAGAGCAAGGGAGUUAGAGAAGAAUCGUAAGAUUAAGAGUGAAUUAUAUGUUCGUGAUAGUGAUGACGAUGACGAGGAAAAUGAUCGAAUUUUCUUCGAGGCGGAGGAGAGAUUGAGACAAGAGAAUAAAAUUCAUAUUAUGAAGGAGUUGUUAGGGGUUGGUCAACAGAGGGAAAACGGGAAGAAGAGAAUGGCGGGUGCGCUGGAUGGAGAGGGAGAGGAGGAGAGUGAUGAGGAUGUGAUUGUGACGGCGAGUAAGAAGAGGGCAAGUAGUGCGAUUUCGCUGGAUAGUGAUGAAGAAAUCGAAGUUGCAGGUGCUGAUGAUUCCGAUACCGAAGAGGAGGAGGCUCAGGAGACGGAUACGUCGAUUUCGAGUCCACGUCGAUCGGCGCAACCGAAGAGACGAAAAGUUUCAAGUGAAGACGGUGAUGAACCAUUAAAGAAAAAGGCAAUGGAGAUAGAUGAUGAGGAUGAAGAAAAUAUCGUGCCAGUGGCGAACCCAAGGAGACCGAGGGUUAGAGCGGGCUUUAUUAUGGAUAGCAGUGAUGAUGAAUGAUUGGGUUAGGUUAUAUGGACUAUUUUAUAUGGAUUACUGAUACCAUCGGCGCUGAGACUUGGGUAUUGCAUUAUUGUGCAUUAUGAUUUGGAUGUAGAUACUUGGGGUUAUGAAGAUUAUUGUAAUGAAUGCAUAUGGUCGAUUCUC